CCACCUGUCAGACAGCGUCCAAAGAUGACGGCUCACGACUCAGACCUCCUGUUGGUGACGCGUAUUUCAUUUUGGCUGCUUCUUUCCAGUUGUGGCGCCCUUGCUUCCUCAAAACAAUUUCAAGUUGCAAUGUCCAACACUGGGAAUGACAACACACUGAUUUGCCGUGACGGGUUCAUGUCUGUUAACAUACCAAAGGGACAAUUUGCUGACCUGCCUUUCACCAUCUAUGUUCAAGAUGAACACAGCGGAUAUCACCAAGCUGUUGCUGUGGCAGAACAGUGUCACUACUUCCUGGAAGAAACUGAUGCUUUUUUUAACUUCACGGUUGCUUCGCAUGGAUGUUUCGUGAGAAGACAAAAAUACGUGACAAAUCUGACGGUGGUCAUCAUGGCACCUGGGGACAGGGGAAGAGUUAACAUUGUCAAAUUAAUACCUCUUGUAUGUGAGAGGGACAUUAAAGAAGUAAGCAAAAAAAAUAGUUCACUGGUGUCAAGACAUUCCUCCUGCUACAAGGAUGGGUUCCACAUUACCAUCUCUCAGAACGCCACCGUCCCACCUCUGAACCUGGAUGCAGUCUGGAUCCCUUCGAGCCAAAGCCACAACUGUAAACCCCCAAAAAGAUCCAAGGAUGCUGUCACAUUCAGCUUUCCAUUCACUGACUGUGGCACGCAGUCUAUGAUUUCCGAUGGGACAUUAACCUACUGGGUCGAUGUCGAGGUGAAACAUCGUCUGCGGGGAGGCUCAAUAUUUCGUGACACUCCUUUCCAUCUUACUGUGCGGUGUAGCUUUUCUCUUGCCCAAAUGACUCAUCUGGGCAUCGAAGUUCAGGGAGAAAAGUCCCCAACGACACUGAAGAGUGAGGGACUACUGAGGACAGAAAUGAGGUUUGCCAAAGAUUCUAAUUACAGGUCUUUCUAUUCCUCCCGAGACUCUCCGACACUGACUGAGCUUGGCCAGCCUGUGUAUGUGGAGGUGUCGGUUCUCAAACAUGAGUACAAGGACUUGAAGCUGCUGCUGGAGGACUGCUGGGCGACACCGACCAAAAACCCACAUGACCCCAAAAGAUGGAAGCUGCUUGUUAAAGGAUGUCCUUUCAGUGGCGAUAGCCACAGAACUGUUGUGCUGCCGGUUGUCUCCAAUAAGGAGCUGAAGUAUCCCUCUCUUCAUAAGAGGUUUUCAGUCAAGAUGUUCUCAUUUGUGAAGCCUCCGACAUUUGAACACCUGGUAUAUUUCCACUGUGACAUAGAGUUAUGUAAAGGACCAGCUUGCUCACAAAUCUGUGGCAAUGGAAGGCGGAAAUCGAGAAGAAUCACAUCAGAGCCAGGACAGAGGAUUCUUUACAGUGAAGUCUCUGGUGGACCUAUUCUUUAUCAGCUGUAAAUGAUCAGAAGAAAUCAGAUUGACAUAGAUACAUCUUUGCCAGGUUCAAACUAGUGCAGGGUUUGCUUUUGAUUUACCAAAUGUAUCUAGAUAACUGUUACAUGUAAAAUGCAAGACUGCAAGUCAUUGUAUUUUAAAUAGAUAUAAUACUGAGUUUUUGUCAUCGCUGUACAGGCUCUUGUUUGUUUUGGUUGGAUAAACAGAGAGAUGAUGUGAUGUAUGCACUGAUGAUCAAGCUGCUGGUAAUAAAUAUAUCCAAGUAUGUAGCUCAA